CUCUCUCUCUCUCUCUCAUGAAUACGCACACAUGUUUUUACAGUAAUUAAAGAUGACUUAUGAAUGAAUCUGAAUAUAUACAGGGAAUCGUGACGUCUAGCAUUUCAUACUAUGUCCAAGGAAUUGUGAUGAAGACAAAAGGGCCAGUGUUUGCCACUGCUUUUAGCCCCUUAAUGAUGAUUAUUGUAGCUAUCAUGGGCUCAUUUAUUCUUGCAGAAAAAAUCUAUCUUGGAGGUGUGAUUGGUUCGAUUAUAAUUGUGAUUGGUCUCUACUCGGUUCUUUGGGGCAAGUACAAGGAAGAAAAAGAGAACAAGAAACUGAAUGAAAUUCCAGAAGUCAUCAAGGAUAAUAAUAUUCACACACAGGGAAAUGGCAACAUAAAGGUGGAAACUGCUGGAAAUUCCGAGCCAAAUGGAGAUGCUGAUUUUGACAAGUGCCCCUCACUUGCUAUUAAUUUGCCCCUCCACCAGACAAAGUCUGACACUGAUACCAAAUAACUUUUUCUCUUUUUUUUGGGUAUUUUAAGAUUUUGGGAUUUUCAGAGAUUUUGUUAAGUUUUAUGCAUGUAACAAGUAGUACUUAUUAUGUGCAAGAAAAGAGAACCCAUCAAACUCUUUUGUUAUACGAAAAGUUCCACAGCAUAAUAUGACAGUAUAGCAACCAUUUCAUAUCAUGGCAAAGAAACAAUCGUCAAGAUGCACGGUGACAAAAAAAUUGUGAGAUUUAAAUUAUGUUACACAAAAUUUGGCUGAUUUUUUU